ACGGUUCGUUUCGAGUUUUCAUAUUCUGAGCUCAGCGGCGGUCGUGCGGUGGGUUCGUGGUUCGGACGUCUUGUUGGGGAAAUCAGCGACGAUGUCGACAGAAGCAUUUUCAGAUAAUGGCAGGCUGGUCAAGAUGGAGGUGGACUACAGUAAAACAUGCGACGAGAAAAUUCCCCAGUGCGAGGCCCUUGCCAAAGGAGGCGACCUGAAGGGGGCACUCGAUCAGUUGCUGUCGUUGGAGAAACAGACGAGAACGGGCGGUGACACGCACUCAACCUCCCGGGUGCUGGUGGCCAUCGUGCGUAUCUGCUUCGAGAGCAAGGACUGGUCGGCCCUGUCGGAGCAGGUGCUGGCACUGACCAAGCGGCGCAGCCAGAUGAAGCAGUCGGUGGCCAAGAUGGUGCAGGAGUGCCUCACCUACAUUGACCAGAUGCCCACCAAGGAGAUCAAGCUGGCCUUCAUCGACACCCUGCGCACCGUCACUGCCGGAAAAAUCUACGUGGAGGUUGAGCGCGCGCGGCUCACCCACAAGCUGGCCCAGAUGAAGGAGGCGGACGGCAACAUAGCCGAGGCGGCCACCCUGAUGCAGGAGCUGCAGGUCGAGACGUUCGGCUCGAUGGACAAGCGCGAGAAGGUAGAGCUCAUCCUCGAGCAGAUGCGGCUCUGCCUUGCCCGACAGGACUACAUCCGCACGCAGAUCAUCAGCAAGAAGAUUGCGCCCAAGUUCUUCGACGACCCUGCUCAGCAGGACCUGAAGCUGCGCUACUACAAGCUGAUGAUCGAGCUGGACCAGCACGAGGGUUCGUACCUGGCCAUUUGCAAGCACUAUUCGGCCCUGUACCGUACCGAGAGCGUCCAGCAGGACGAGGCACAGCGCAAGGAGGCGCUGAGGAACAUGCUGCUGUUCCUGAUGCUGUCCCCACACGACAAUGAACAGCACGACCUCAUCCACCGGGCCAAGCUGGACAAGAACCUCGACGAGCUGCCACAGUACAAAGAGCUGCUGAAGCUGUUCAUUACGCGAGAGCUCAUCAACUGGCGCAGCAUGUGCGAGGCAUACGAGAAGGAACUGCGGACGAUGCCGGGCACCAUCUUCGCCGUCGGCGACGAGAUGGGCGACCGCCGCUGGAAUGACUUCAAGAGCCGCGUCGUGGAACACAACAUCCGGGUCAUGUCUCAGUACUACACACGCAUCAGGCUCGAACGCAUGUCUCAGCUUCUUGACCUGUCUGAAAAGGGCACGGAGGAUGUUCUGUCAGAGCUGGUGGUUGCCGGCCGCGUGUGGGCCAAGAUUGACCGGCUGGAGAAAGUCGUGUCCUUCAGCUGCCACAAGGAGCCCAACCAGGUGCUCAACGAGUGGUCGAGCAACCUCAACAGCCUCAUGGCUCUGCUCAGCAAGACGAGCCACCUGAUCUCCAAGGAGGAGAUGGUGCACCGGCACCUGCACGCCCAGACACCACCUGCCACCUCGUCUACGACUGCCGAAACCUGAUGGGCGUUUCUCUUCAUUUUUUUUUUCUUUUUCUUCUUGUACAUACAGAAUCGCAAAAGAACUCCUCGAGUGAAACGUGCUCCGCGUCUUUUUUUUUUUUUUUCUUCUUUUUCAGGCUUGCCAUUAAAAAAAUAUGGAUGAAAACAGAAAAAG